UCUUCCAUUGAGAAGGAGUGGAACACUUUCCCGAAGUGAACACAUCAGCAAUUGAUAGUUUUGCAGGCAUAGCGAACAAACUAAGUGAUUCGACACACGAAUACAGACACCUUCAUUUAAGAAGACUUCUGCCAGUAUAGCUCCGUUUGUGUCUACAUGCUUCAAAGGAGCAAAAGCAGUUGAAUUUUUGGGCGUGUUUGCAACGCCAGGUAUCAGGCCAGAAUAGUUGGUCGUGGGAAAAUGCCAUAUUUUUCUUGGAGGGUUUGGUCCGGGCUGCUGUGGCUGCUGUCGUCGACACUGGCUGCAGGUGAAGACACAUCGCUGCUCCAGGACUGGAAGGACGUCUGGCUCUUUCGCUUCUUCCUCAACGUGCUUGGCUACUGCACCAUCAUCAUCCCCGGCUACUUUCUCAUUGGCUACUUCAAGCGUAUAAACUACCUAGAAACAGGUCAUGGCCUUUGCUAUCCUGUCGUUAAGGCGUGUGUGUUUGGGAGUGAAUCCAAAGCCGGCUUGUUGGAUGAUGUGUCCAUAGCACCCCGGAAUGAGGCCGACUCGGGGUCCUCUACCAAACAGGCCAUCAAGCUGGUCUUCUGUGCAGCUGGACUACAGGCCUCCUACCUGACAUGGGGUGUGCUUCAGGAGCGGGUGAUGACGCGCUCGUACGGGGCCACCACACCAGAGGACCAAGGCGAGCGCUUCAAGGACUCCCAGUUCUUGGUGUUCAUGAACCGUAUCCUGGCCCUGACCGUGUCAGGCCUCUGGUGUGUCCUGCUCAAACAGCCUCGCCAUGGCGCCCCCAUGUACAAGUACUCGUUCGCCUCGCUGUCCAACAUCCUGAGCAGCUGGUGCCAGUACGAGGCUCUCAAAUACAUCAGCUUCCCCACCCAGGUGCUGGCUAAGGCCUCCAAGGUCAUCCCAGUCAUGCUCAUGGGUAAGAUAGUUUCCCGCAAGAGUUACGAGUACUGGGAGUACCUGACCGCAGCCCUCAUCUCUGUGGGCGUCAGUAUGUUUCUGCUGUCCAGCACAGCCACCAAGCACCCCUCCACAGUUACCACCUUCAGCGGGGUGGUCAUCCUGGCUGGUUACAUCGUCUUUGACAGUUUCACCUCCAACUGGCAGGACAACCUGUUCAAGUACAAGAUGUCGUCGGUUCAGAUGAUGUUCGGGGUGAACUUGUUCUCUUGCUUGUUCACGGUGGGAUCUCUGCUGGAGCAGGGAGCCUUCUUCGACUCGCUGGCGUUCAUGACGCGCCACUCUGAGUUUGCCCUGCACGCCGUGCUGCUGUCCGUGUGCUCGGCCUGUGGACAGCUCUUCAUCUUCUAUACCAUCGCCCAGUUUGGCGCCGCCGUUUUCACCAUCAUCAUGACGCUGCGGCAGGCCAUCGCCAUCCUGCUCUCCUGCUUCCUGUACGGCCACACCGUCACCAUGGUGGGGAGCUUUGGCGUGGCCGUGGUGUUCCUGGCGCUCUUCCUGCGCGUGUACGCUCGCAGCCGCGUCAAGACGAGCCGCAGGGUGGCCCAGCCGCUACAGAAGGUGUAGUUGCGUCGGGUCAGGCGGGAGAACUGAGGCCACGUUUUUGGUGGCACUUUUCUGUUGGCGUCUCUUUGUUUGACUUCUUAAGUAUUCGUGACAUGGAUUUCUACUUUGUAUGGUUGAGGGUACUGAAAGGGAUUCUUCCUGUUUGAAGGUGUUUGGCUUGAUACGCACACUAGGCUGUCUGCUGAGAGAGGUUCUGCUGUUGACAGGCUCCAUCUUCACACCACCACAUGUGGUUUAGCAGGCAGACGAAGAACGGUUACUGGGACUGGGACUGGGACGUACUAUUUGGGCGGGGGGGGGAGAGAGUUUUUGCCCCCGUCCACAGGGGAAUGGUUUUCCCUGCAAACCCAUUUAUAGCUUUCUGUCAGCAGACCAUCUGAAAUUGUUGUUUUAUUCAUGAAUACUCCUGUCAUUGCUACGCUGAAAUGAAUGAAUCCUUCACGCUACAAAAUGUGAAAUGUACACAGUAGACAUCCUGUAUGCAAUAGCAUUAUAGCUUUGUUUGUAUGAAUGGGUGACCCAACUCCAUCCACCCAAAGCAAAUAUUAUAGAUUUAACAGCUGUAUUGCACUGUUACAAGAGGAAACUGAUGAUGAAAAUGGUAAUGUCAAUGUAUUUUUGUACAUAUACCUGCACAUUGCCAGGGAGUAUGAAGAUCUUUUAUUUAACUUAAAACUAACAUGUCAAUACGCGGUACUGUUUGUGUGUUCUUGCGUUACUUGUUUGUCCAUGAUGGUCUUUUCAGAAGGGGCUUGUUUGAGGAGGUUGAAGUGGAGAUGUUGCCAAGAAUGGAGGCAGGGAAGACUUCACAUAGUGGACUUCUGAAAGCAUAAAGGGAAAUGCAAUGUUAUUGAUACAUUCGUUUUUUGUCAUUAGUUUGUUUAUAUAUAUAUAUAUAUAUUCAUAAUUUGUCAUAUUUCUUCUUGUACACUGUAUUAAUAAAAUACAAGUAAAGAUUUA